AUCGCUGGGAAAUUAUUCUGUCUGCAUCUUUGUUGUCAACGAGGCAUUGCUUUAAGGCAGGUUGUUUGUUUCAGGUUGAAACUUAAAUCAGUGUUAACGUCCUUGGCAGCAUUAGCCCUCUGGCAAUGGAGGAAAAGAAUCAUCUCGAGAUGCCAUCUGAAGAUACCGAGUCCCCUUGGUCCUGGAUUCCAUUGAUGAAAGAUCCUGGCUGGAUCAGAGAUGUCUGGACUCGUAAUGUCAAUGCACAAACCAUGAAUUACGUUGGACAGUUAGCAGGGCAAGUCUUUGUGACAGUGAAGGAGCUCUAUAAAGGAUUAAAUCCGGCCACAUUGUCUGGAUGCAUUGAUAUCAUUGUAAUCCGCCAGCCUAAUGGAAACCUCCAAUGUUCACCUUUUCAUGUACGCUUUGGAAAGAUGGGAGUUCUACGUUCUAAGGAAAAAGUGGUUGACAUAGAAAUUAAUGGAGAAUCUGUGGAUUUGCACAUGAAAUUAGGAGACAAUGGAGAAGCAUUUUUUGUAGAGGAAACAGAUGACAAAGAGGAAGCAAUUCCAUACCACUUGGCUACGUCCCCCAUUUUGUCCGAGGGAUCUUCUCUCAUGGAAAUACAGCUGAAGAGAAAUUCUGUGGAUAGGUUAAGGAGCAUGGACACUGCUGGUCCUUCACAGUUACCAGUCCCUACUUCUCUUUCUGCUACUGAAUCCAUUACUGCGAGUUGUUCUGUCAAGAAAAGGAGGAAGAGGAGAAGGAAAUCCGCCCAUAAAAUAGACACUUCAAAAAGAGACGAAAAUGCCGAUACUACUGAGGAUGAAAACAUGUUCCCGAUAGAAAUGAGUUCGGAUGAAGAAAAUGAGCUGCUAGAUACUACUUCCAGAACAUCUAUCCCUGAUUUGUCCAGGGAUGAAGACAUCGGGGUGGUUUCUUCUAUAAAUGUGCUUGCUCAUCCCCACUCAGAUGGAGAAUGGACACCCAGACAGAGUAAACCUAGAACUUGCAUAGGGAAGUUCUCUCAUCUCACUGUUCCAGCAGAGGGAAGCUUAUCUAGUUCUUGUCCUGACCGGACCUCUCACUGUCCUGCUGCAGACAGCCCUUCGGAUUCCCGACCUCUCACUCCUAAAAGUGAUUCUGAAUUAGUCAGUAAGCCUCUGGAAAGAAGUGUUGCGAACAAUAAUCCUCAGAUACAUUGGGACUGGGGAGAACUACCUCAAGCCACAAAGACUGCCAUCCCACACAAGCCAAAAGAAUCCAGCACCUCAGUGACCCUGAGUCCUUCUGGAAGCACUCACUUUCGAGUCAUCCAGAGUAUUGAUGCGGAAGUGGUUCGGCACCUCUCUUCCCUGCCUGACCUUGGACAGGAUGAGACUGUGUUGGUUGUGGAAGAAACAGAGUUCCUGGCACCUGAGGCAUCCCAAACGGAUAUAGAGACUUUAGGGGCAGCAGCCCUUCCACUUCCAGCCGGUGAAGAAUUAAAACCAGCCACAGCGUGCUUGAUGCAGCCAGCCGGCAAAACAGAUUCUCCCUCGAAAAAAAGGGAUAAACGGAGCCGACAUCUUGGUGCUGAUGGUGUAUAUUUAGAUGAUCUGACUGACAUGGAGCCAGAGGUCGCUGCACUCUAUUUUCCUAAAAAUGGUGAUCAUAUUCCCCUCUCGAAGAACACGAGUGAAAACAGUCCCCGUUCAGCCAAUCAAUCGCCUCAGUCAGUCGGAAGCUCAGGGGUGGAUAGCGGUGUCGAGAGCACUUCGGAUGGAAUCCGAGACCUGCCAUCCAUUGCCAUUUCACUUUGCGGCGGACUGAGCGACAACAAAGAAAUAUCCAAAGAAAACUUUUUAGAACAAGAAGUCUCUUAUCAGCAGUUUGUGGACAACCCAGCUAUUAUUGACGAUCCAAACCUUGUGGUGAAGAUUGGAAACAAAUACUACAACUGGACAACAGCAGCUCCACUCCUGCUGGCAAUGCAGGCAUUCCAGAAACCUUUGCCAAAGUGUUCUUGUUUAAGUUAUUUCCGCGCACUUGUGGAUACCAUUAGGUUUUGCUUUAACAAGAUUUGUAGCCCACAGAUAGCCACUGUGGAUUCUAUAAUGAGGGAUAAGAUGCCCAAAAAAGGUGGAAGAUGGUGGUUUUCAUGGAGAGGGAGGAAUAACUCUAUCAAAGAGGAGGCAAAGCCAACACAAGGUCUCAACGGAAAAGAAGAGAAGAGUAUUGCAGACAGAAUCAAAGAUGAUACUUCUUCGAGUGAUGAAGACCACCGAACUAAAAGUGAAACCACCCACCUUCCACUGUUGUCUGGGAUAGGUUAUAAAAAGAGUCUUCGACUCAGCUCAGAACAGCUGAAAAAUCUCAACCUUAAAAAUGGUCCCAAUGAUGUCACUUUUAGUGUCACAACACAAUAUCAAGGAACAUGUCGCUGUGAAGGCACCAUUUAUUUAUGGAACUGGGAUGACAAAGUCAUUAUUUCUGACAUUGAUGGCACCAUCACAAGAUCAGAUACUUUAGGUCAUAUUUUGCCUACCCUUGGCAAGGACUGGACACAUCAAGGCAUUGCUAAAUUGUAUCACAAAGUGAGCCAGAAUGGAUACAAGUUCCUGUACUGUUCAGCCCGUGCUAUUGGGAUGGCAGAUAUGACUCGAGGUUACUUGCAUUGGGUGAAUGAGCGGGGAACGGUGUUACCGCAAGGGCCUGUGUUGUUGAGUCCCAGCAGUUUGUUCUCAGCUUUUCACAGGGAAGUGAUAGAGAAGAAGCCAGAGAAAUUUAAAGUUCAGUGUUUAACAGACAUAAAAAACUUAUUUCAUCCUAACACAGAACCUUUUUAUGCUGCCUUUGGCAACAGGCCUGCAGAUGUGUACUCAUACAAGCAAGUUGGAGUUUCACUAAACAGAAUAUUCACUGUUAAUCCAAAAGGAGAACUAAUUCAAGAACAUGCUAAAACUAACAUUUCAUCGUAUGUAAGACUUUGCGAAGUGGUGGAUCAUGUAUUUCCCUUGCUGAAAAGAAGGCAUUCUUCAGAUUUCCCCUGUUCUGACACCUACAGUCAGUUCACAUACUGGAGGGAGCCACUGCCACCUUUUGAAAAUCAAGAUAUUCAUUCUAGUUUGCCAGAACUCUUUUGAAACAUCUUGGCGGCAUCUCAACAUCUCAGCUCUUCUGUGCUUCAGUUGUUCAACUGGAUUUUGCGCCUCAAACAAAAUUUGGGAUGCAGUGGUUUAAAAAAAAAAACCAGUUCAGAAAUUACCUUUGUUCUUUAAAAGCAUUUCUGAAGGUUGUCCAUCCAGCUCUUCACCAGCAUAAUGCUUAAGAGGUACCCAAUGCCAUGCAUUCUUUUGAAAGGGACAGUUCCGGAUGCCGUGGUAGUGGGUAUCUCAAAGUCCUCUAUGGUCUUCAGUGUUUCCAUGUGAGCUUUGAAAGCACAGUGAUGUGCUUGCCUCUUGAAGCACUACUGGAGCCAUUCCAUCCCCUACUUCUCAGGUAGAGGAAGAGGAAACAACUCUAAGCCUCCGAGGUGUAACACGUACAUUUUCUAUACUCCCCCCCCCCAAAAAAAAACCCAGUCAUUAACAAAAUACAUUGAGAUCAAGUGAGCAAAAUUCAGUCGAUCGAUAAGCUUAACACAGCAUGGCUGUGAUCACUAGCACUGUACUAGUUUUGUAUUGAUAGGGGUAUGAUUCUAACCUCCAAUUCCGUCAGUAUGUUCCAUUGCCAAAUUGUUCUUUCAAUUUCAUUGUUACGAUGAAAAUCUCUUUUAUUUAUGGAAUUGAAUGCACUUCGAUUAUCAUUUUCAUGCGACUAGUCGGCUCUACUAAGUUUAGGCCCUAUUUUACCAAACGAAACCUUGAGCCUGCUACCAUUACUGUAUGCUGUGUUUCAUCUUAAUCUUGCUGGAAGGUUUGGGCCCUCCAGAGGUCCUACAGUGCAAUAUUUUUAUGGUCAUAGCUACGAGUUCACUACUAUGACAUAUACGCUUUUCAAAUAGUGUGUCUUAGAAGGAUACUUGGCAGCGGAGUCCUCUGCCUUUCCUGGUUUCUUUUCCAUGAAGAGCGAUGCCAUUUAAGUAGAAGUGCGCUCUUCCCAUCUAUCAUAAUAAUACGUAAAGGUUUCUGCUUCCAAUUGCAAAGGAAAACAUGUCUGGAAGUAUUUUUAGUGAACUUUCUUGAAUUGCUUCGUUGCUGGUUCAGCAUAUUUUAUUUGCACUAUGUGAAUUAGAUGUGAGGUGUGAAGGAGUUGGCUGAUUUUAAAUCCUCUGAAGAUUCCUCUCGGUAUUUUUCUUUUAUCACACAAUUUUGAGAUUAAUAUGAUUUGGGGUGUCCUUCAUUAUAGACAGCCUUUACUUGAUAGUUUUUCCUUUACAUUUCGUUUUUUUCUUGAUACCUUUAGGAGACAUUAUCUUCCUUUUAUUUUUUGUUACGUUUGACUGUCUUGAGAUUCAAUAUUAUAAUGAAUAUUUUAGAUUGUUUUUGAGAGAAGCUGCUUUUUACAAGUUGCUGGCCUUCUUUAAAAUGCAGAUUUCCAUUGUUUAUACUGAAUAUCAAAUUAUCUUUUUAAAAAAGAAAAUCCUUGCUUUUAUUAAACUAUUUCCUUUUAAUAUUUAUUGGAAGGUUGCUAGGUAAUCUGUUUAUAUAAAGACAACAGGCCUGAGGCCUGUAAGUCUUUUUUAAAAGUUAAGAGACUGGGCAAAAUUAAUGCUGUUGAGAUGGUUAGAACUUAUGUUAAAAUAUAUUUCUCACUGUGUUGAAAUUUAAUUCCAGUAUUUUUCUCUUGCUGAUCUCCGAGUAAAUAAUACCCCUCAGAAGAAAUUGUUUGGAAUCCUUGAAUUUUGAUAUACCUCACCUGCCAUUAUAUACAUUCUGCUUGUUUUAAAAGGGAACUUAGAAUUCUGUCUAUUUGUGUUUUCAUAACUGCACUCUAGUAGCUCCCAAAUAUUGUGGCCAAAUCCAGCUAAAGUUAAUUAUAAUAAAGUUAAAUUAGUUUCACUAACUUGAGCUAGAUGUUUUUCCCCAUAAAUAAUUACUUGGAAGUCCCAAUAAAGUCAUUUGGCCUAACUUCUGAAAAAAAUAAUAAUAAUGGAUUGCUGUGUUAGUAACUUCUGCCUUUAACUGGAUUUAGGAUCCAAAGCUGCAAGCCAAUUUUAAGCAAAGAAAUUUGUUUGCCAUUAAAUCAGUGGGGCUUUUUCCACUGAUAGUGAAAAUUACAUUCAGUAUCAUAGCUUGGCACUCUUUACAUUUAAUGAAUUAAUUUCACACUGGGUCUUAUAGUGCACAUUCUGCCAAAUAUUUAUCCCCUUAGCUUUAUGCUGCAAAUGAUACAACUACUCAGAAAUAAGCUUCAUCAGUACAGUUGGAUUUCAUCGUCUGUUAACUGUGUCUAAAAUUUGCCAUUUUAACCCUGUAAGACAGCCUACAUGAUUAAAUCGUACGUUGUAGAUUCUGUUCUCAACUUACAAUCUUUGGAAUGAAGAUCGAUUCAAAUCAGGAUUGUUGGUGACUAUAGCCAGGGCCCAGCUAAAAAUUGGUUUUAGGUUCCCAUUUAAUUCCUUCUGUGCUGUUAACUUUUUUGUGAAUACACAACCCUUUCUGAAGCAGUAUCACUGCUUCCUUUGAUUACUGUUCUUGGCAGUCCAAAGCCGCAUUUGUAAAAUAAUUUAAAAUAAAUACAAAGGCCAAAGGAGCAUAUAAAACCAAAACUGCUCAAGCCCCCAAGUCACUUUGCUUGACAGGGAAGGAGAAAUGGGGUUUAGAUUUGAAUCCAUUUCUCUCCUUCAAACUCUGUGGUUCAGCUUUUUGAAAAAAAAACUCCCGUCUCUAAAGCCCAAGCGAUUUAAAAUUAAAGGGGAAUUACGUGUGCACAGCCAAAUUUCUACAUGAUGUUUUGCUUCAGCAGGCAUACAAGCAUGCUCUUUUGUAUUCCAAUAGAUGAAUUAGGGCAGUGGGCCCCAACCUUUUGGCCGCCAGGGACCGGUGGUGUGGAGAGAGAUAUUUCCACGGACCGGAGGGAGCGUGGCUUCGCAUGCUGCCCACAUUCUGUGGAUGGGGCUUUGCCCAGUUUCUGGCAUGCAGUGACUUGAUGCCGGUCCAUGGACUGGGGGUGUUGGGGACCCCUGAAUUAGGGUAUUGAUAUCUGUAAGAAGAUAAAACAUCUCUAACGUCUGUUGCUUUCAAUUGCAAAAAGCAACAACGAAAACCAGGACUAAAUAUUAUGUCUCCAGUCUAAAUUUAUGAUGAAGAUCCAGUAAAUCAAUUGAAAGUAAUUUGCAGUGGCAAUUCUUAUCAGCAGGUAGUUGAUAAAGAUGGAGUUGGAUGCAUAGGACUAGACCAGUGGCCCUCAACCUUUGGGUUCCAUGGAGAGAGGUUUUUCCGUGGACUGGAGGGGGCGUGGUUUCAUGUACUACCUGCAUCCUGUGGAUGGGGCUUUACUUGUUUGUGCGGCUUGGUUAUUGGCAUGACGCGGACUGGUGCAGGUCUAUGGAUCGGGGAUUGGGGACCCCUGAACAAGAUCACACAUUCCAUUUCAUUCCCUUGAAUGGGAUUUUGUCAUUUUCCUUGUCUUUGUCAAUCUUAUAUGUUUUAAGUAGUACAAUUGGACACCAUCAUACCUUGCUGGGAUUAGUUAAGUGUCGUCGUCCACCCGUGUCCCCCGAAUUAUUUUUGAAUGUACAUUGAUUCCUAUAAAUGGGCAAUAUCACGGGUACAUAAAGAAAUACAGGUACUGAUCCAAAACCAGCAUAAUUUUAAGGUCUUUAAUGUUCCCAAAUUACUAGUUGAACAACAUGAAAUCUACUUCUCAGGUCCAAGAACACGAUUAUGGAUUUAGCAACAUUUGAUAACCCAAAAGUCUAGCAUGGGGAACAGAAAGCCAUGGAAAAACCUGUUUCGAUAUUAUCACUUUUGGGGCAUGUAUCUUUUAUUGCAGAAUGCUUCUCUUGCUUAUUCCUCUUUCUUACGCACAUUGCAGCCAGGAUAUGUGAUUUGCCAUUUUGAAUUUGUAUUUGAUUUCUCAGAACAAAACGUGCACGAUCCAGCUAAGGUUAAGCAGUAGUGUUGCAUAGCGCUUUGGAUCUUGCUUUGGUGCCGCUGUUUUACAGUCGCGGGCAGAUGUUCUGCCUCCUGUUUUGCUCUGAACACAUUUCGGGGGUAUUGAAUCUAAAACUCUGCCCAGUCCUAUUAAACAGGUUUCAUUCCCAUUGACUUAAAUUACAAGAACACGGCUAGAAAUCAGUGGAAUUUACUACUUGGUACGUGCAGUUUGUUUCUUAUUCUAGUUUUUAAAGGAUGAAAAUGCUGCCUUAUAAACGGGCUUCGUUUUAAGGAAUUGUUCAUAAACCAACAGUAAAUAUUUUUCAGGAAUUCGACUGUGUCACCAAGGCUAAACUGAGAAUCCUUGGGUGGGUCUGUUGUGAUCGCCCCACACGUAACUCUACUGUGUUAAUACUUGAGGCAAACUCUGGAUUUCCAUAAGAAGAUGUGAAUCCACUUGAGAAACCUUGGCAACCUUAUUUUGUUCUUGUUUGCUGAUUUUAAUGUGCCUGGCAUCAAAUUUAUUUUUUUAAAACUUGCCUAAGCUUUAUUAGAAAUGCUGUUGUGGUGUUGAAUGUAGUUCCUGAGAGGAUUUCAAAUGAUAUUUAUGGCAUUGGUUGGGGAGGAAUAUUUUAUAAAGCAUUUUCAAGCUUUAUUGUUAAAACUUACAAUUAGUUGCAGAUAUGAUUUCUAAAUAGUUUUUAAUUUGGCCAGGUAGUUCUGCAUACAUUAAAAUGGCAUGGAUGAAUUUGCACAAUAAACAUAGAAUGGAUGAAUUAAUUCUUUCUGUGAAAGAAAAAAAAACCAAGACCCUCUUUAUUUCUGGUGUAUUGAUGGUUUUCUGUUACAGAAAAUAUACCUUUUUCUAAAUGGAAAGCCAAUAUAUGCUCUGUUUAUACUGUCUCCUAUAUCUUAAAGUAGAAUAUGCAAGGUGGAUCCCUGUUUAUUUUGAUACAUUUUAUGGCUAUUCAGUUCGAUAUGUUGAAAUUCAAAUAAUGGUGAUGGGAAUUUGAGGGCAAGUGGGAGAAUUAUUAAGGGAUGUAUUUGGGGAAAGUAUUUUCUCUGUACAUAUAUGCAGUAGUGCUGUUACUCUAUAAAAAAAGAUAAUUUCAUUUUGAUGGUCAACAAAAUGCAAAUAAAUAUAUUGUAAUAAAUUCAA